UAGACGCGUCGCGGCGCCUCCGAUUUCGACGCUUCGACUUUGUAGACCACGGUGGGCGUACCGACAUGCUUUAGGGAUGCAAUUCGCGAUGUUUUCCCUCUUUUACGCACUCGUACCGAAUCGUAUAAGUUCGUCCUCGUUCGGCGGUAGCGUGUUGAAAUUUUCGCAGUCCGGCGCUUUUUUGAGUCGCGAGUUUCCUCUCGGUCGAGUCGUUUAGUAAGCGGCACGUUGAUCGGGGCACUUUUCGUCGUCGAAGCGAUUUUGCAGGGUCCAUACAAAUUAGAAAAUGCCCCAAGGACCUCAAGAAGACCCCCCGCCUCAACCGCAGGCCCAGGCCAGACACAACCCCCUCAUAAAACCUUUCGUGGUGUUGGCCCUUCCGGGCAUGUACCUGUUCUACAAAUACAACCAGUACAAAAGAAAAAGAAAGGAAAACGCGACAAGACGAUUGGCGGAGAAGGAGCUGCAACAUCUCAACGGUAAAAUAGAAAAGUUGUUGAGCAAGCUAGAGGAAAGCGAACCCGAAUUGGCCACAUGUCAAGAAGAAGAGUGCGUCAUAUGCAUCCACGCGAAAGCAACCAUGCAAACCUCACCGUGUGGGCACCAGGUCGUGUGUCGCAAAUGUUUCGUCAAAACGAUCCAGAUAGCCGUUUCACAGCGCCUUCUGCCACUAAGAUGCGUCAUAUGCAGGGCAAAAAUUUUACGACUAAAGACGAGUCCCAUGUUUCCUACCUCGGCCAGCGGAUACUCGAUGACGUCACGUACAUCGUCGGUGCCGCAGUCGGACAGCCUGUAUAGCGUCAGCAGCGGCGGGUCUUCCAUUUCUUCCACUUCGUGUUCUUCCGAUGGUCCCUCCAAGGACCCUACGACAUCUACAGCGUGUUGCGCGGCGCAUUGCAACGGGGGACUGUAUUCUAGACAGCCAACCACGGGGGCAAUAAGAAGGUCUCAAAAACAAGCAAUGAAGAUUACGCUCCAAGAUUAUUGUCGGCCUGAAAAAAGUCACGUUAAUCGACUACCACCUAUUAAAGAGUUGCCAGGUUCCAGUCCCCUACACAGUGUACCCCCGGCGUCCACUAGAAUAAGGUGCGCGCAGAAGAUCGUGACGCAGCUAGAAAUGCCGCUCCUAGGUCGAUCUUCGAGAUACUACAAGUACGAGAAACUGUCGCAGGAAGACGAGGAGGCGCGACCAUCGACUAGCGGCUGCGCUCCAGAGAAAACAAGAAGAUGGUGGUCGGACAGAAGCAAAAACGAGGAGAAGAUCGACAACAGAAAGAAUGAGAUUACAGAGAAACAAAUGGAACUGAAAGAGAGGGUUAGUAAAACCGAUAGAAAGUGUAAAGAGAAGACGAAAUUAUUGAGCGACGAGAGUCUUUAGGCAGUCGGAAAGUUUCGGCUUUUGUGAUAAGCCGUAGUCAGUAAGGCCGCGGUGAGUAAUUUACAGGGUGAGUGAGUAAUUAUAUGUUUCUUCUGUGGCAGGACUUAUAUUAGCUAUAGCACAAAAAUAAAUGUAGUUUUAUUCCUUUUUUGCACUAGAAUUCAAUUUUUGAUUAAUUCUUAUUAUUCUUUGAAUUGAAUACAUGUAAAAUUUUGUUGAAGAGUUUUUUAUUUUUCAGUUCAUUUCAAAAUUUUAUUCAAAAUAAAAAUAUUUGAUUUCGGUUUUAUAUGCUCAUAACAAAACUAUGAUCAUCUAAUAGGAUUUCUAGAACAUUUUCUUAGUAAAAUGUAUUCGGUUAAUAAAGUCCUGCUAGAAAAACUCGAUCAAUAGCUUUGUGUGUUUACAAAGGACGAUCAGUAAUUUUUAUCCGUCUUAAUUUAACAUUAAAAUUAUUUUACAAGAAGUUAAAAUAAUAAUGCGGCUCUAAGAGUGUCUUUUUGAGACAUUUAACUUUUAAGUGUUUUCAGCAUUUUAAACAAGCAAACUUACUAACAAAACUAAAACGAAUCUUAUUGUCGCAUUAUCACUGUUUUUAAAAAUUUUGCUACCUAUUCCACGCCCAAAUAUCAUAAGCAAGGGUACUCUUUAUAAAAAAAAAAAAACAGGCAAAGGAUUCGUUUAAUUUAACCUUUUUUAUUUAACACAUUGUUAUUGAUUUGCUCUGACAAACAAACACUCGUUUCGAAGAUACUCAUCUUAAAUUUAAAUAUCAGGAACACAACAUAAUAUAUAUCAUUUUUGACCCAAUUAUUCAUGUUCAAAGGAAAACGUUUGGAAAUUGCAAUUAACUGGACAUUUUCUAAACUCAUUGGCAACAUACAAAUUAAUUAGUACGGUCCAAAGUUUAACAAAGGUUUUUUGGAAAUCGGUAUGGUCAAUUAGACUAAAAAAGUAUGUCAAUAUCGAUCCAAUAAAAAAGAUACCGAAAAUGGGCAGCGACAAGCGUCUAAUUUGUUUUUGAAACCUUACAUAAUUUAUAUACUAUCUAAUAUACAAAUCGAAUUUUCUAUCUGUUUUACAAAAGUCACGUACCUAGUCACUAUAAGACGUUUUUAAAAACACACCAAGUUGGUAAACGCUAUUUUACUCGUUAAUAUGUUCUCAGGCAGUCGUAUAUAUACAUACUUUUAAACACCCCUCGCGUCAUUUUGCAUAGAAAUCAAAUCCGUACGGUUUUACCUCAUUUUGAUAAUACGUUUGAAAGAAAAAAAAUCAAAUAAUGCAAUAACUAUCGCAUUUUACGUCGUCCAGUCAAUGUAUACCGGGAUAGGAAAACGGCAUAGAUUUUAAGCGUUAAUAAACAAACAAUAAAUAAUAUUUAAAGUAGCGAAGAAACUCCGUAGGUCAAUUUAACCGUUUUUAGAACACCCUCGUUGAAUAUCGCUUUUAAAAGUUCAAAUUAAAACGUCAGUUAUAUUCUGUGUACAGAUAGUCGAUAGAAAAACGAUUACAUAUCUUAAUCGAAUAGAAAAACCGGCGCAUCCGGCAAAUAUUUAAUAUAACUCGAUCGGAUGGAGCGGAAUUUCAAGCUCUCAAAGAAAAGGUAAUUUUUGACAUUUUUGCAGUUGAAGUUUUAUUUCGUAUCUUCGUAUCGUAUCUAUUACGGUUGUGCUAUCCACAGCACUGACGCAUGACGUUUUCCGUUCGGUCUGUAGAUUUUAAAUUUUACGUCGACAAACUCGCAUUACAUAAAGGAAAAUCGUAUUUCAAAUUGUUGGCAAUAAUCCCCUAGAAUACUUUGUAAUAUUACCGAUAUAUAUAUACAUAUAUAUAUAUAUUUUGUAAAGAUAGUAAUGUUGUUUAGAGUGUGCAAGGUAGACAUGCAAGUUAAAUUUUGUUAAACCGUUUAUUUUGCAUGUAUUCCUUGUUAGAGAAUUACACGAAA